AUGGGUAGAGGAAAUCAUUCUUUGGUAACUGAGUUCAUCCUUGAGGGGUUAACAGACCAGCCAGGACUCCAGCUGCCUCUCUUCUUCCUGUUUCUAUUGAUCUACAUGGUCUCCAUGGUGGGAAACUUGGGCUUGGUCUUUUUAAUCAGGAUCAGUUCUCAGCUUCACACGCCCAUGUAUUAUUUCCUCAGUAAUUUGUCCUUCAUAGAUCUCUGCUUCUCCUCUGUCAUAAUUCCCAAGAUGUUGGUGAACUUCAUCACAGAGAGGAAUUUCACCUCUUUUCCCCACUGCAUGGCACAGCUCUUUUUCUUCUGCUUCUUUGGUAUUGACGACUCCUACAUGCUGACAGCCAUGGCGUAUGAUCGUUAUGCUGCCAUCUGUAACCCCUUGCUCUACAAUGUCAUCAUGUCCCACAGAGUCUGUUUUCUACUGGUCAUGAGUGUGUAUAUAGUGGGGGCCAUUGGAGCCUUGGUUCACACCAGCUACAUCUCUAGUUGCUCUUUCUGUGGAACCAAUGUCAUUCACCACUACUUCUGUGACAUCCUUCCACUUCUGAAUACAUCUUGCUCAAGAGACUACACAAAGGAACUUCUGGUGGUGAUUUUGGUUGGAUUCAAUGUAUUUGCGUGUGCUUUAGCCAUCUUCAUCUCUUACACUCUCAUCCUUUCCAGCAUCUUGUGCAUACGGUCAGCCGAAGGCAGGUCCAAAGCUUUCAGUACCUGCAGCUCCCACCUUGCAGCUGUUGGGGUCUUCUAUGGCUCCAUCAUCUUUAUGUAUUUUAAACCAUCUACUAGUGACAUAACGCAGGAGAAGGUGGCCUCUGUGUUUUAUACCACAGUGAUUCCCAUGCUUAACCCCUUUAUCUAUAGCCUUAGGAACAAGGAUGUCAAAGAAUCUCUAACAAGCAUCCUGAAUAGUGGGAUACUUUCUGAGUCUCUGUAG